GUGGACCGUAGCUACACUGCAAAACAAGCCCUGUCCUCCUGUUCGGUUUACUUCAACAACCAGCUCAGAUACAACAAAGAAGUUGUGGUAAAAGUAGCACCGUGACAUAGUCGAAGUACACGGCGCGGCCACGGUGCGUUAUUCGUGUGUUUCGGUUCAUAGUUUAAUGAAACGAGUCGUUCACAAAGAGAGGCAGUCUCGCUCAAAUGUCUUGUACUCUGGUGGGCGCCUCUGGAGCUCGGGUCUCUCUGGAGGACGGCCGAGCGGUGAUUCUGGGCCGGGGUCCGGACACCGGCGUCGCCGACAAGAAAUGCUCGCGGCACCAGGUGAAGGUGGUGGCUUGCUAUGCAGACCAGGAUGUGGUUGUUACUCAGCUGGGUCCAAAUCCCAGUUUCCUGGAUGGUGAGAAGCUGGGGCGGGGCCAGUCUGGUAGACUCACCCAUGGAGGCACCCUCUACAUGGUUAACCAGAACCAUCCAUUUAAACUGCACUUUUCCCUGAGCUCAAAGGGCGCUGCGUCCAGCGCUGCACAGAAAGGACUAAAAGCUGCAGAUAAGACAAAGGGGGGGAGAAACGAGAAAGAAAAAGUGGCACAGUCGAGUCCAAAUCCCAAGCGCAGUAUCAAGGAUUUCUUUUCUACCUCUCCUAUUAAGUCAUCGAAAAGACGACUGAGCCCAGAUAGGGGGCACCCCGAGGUGAAGCGCCAAAGAAGAGGUGAGGAGGCCUCAGAUAGACGUAUAAAGGAGGAGGAGGAGGAGGAGGAGGAGAGACUGGCAGAGGAGAAGCUCAAGCAGCUGCAGGAGUUGGCAGAGAAGUCUAUGACAGAGAGUAGUAACACGACCCAGCCCUCAUCCUCUGCAUCGUCUGUGUCGUCUUCAAAGGGCUGUCUAAAGAGCAGCUGGCAGCAGAUAGGCAACCUGUUGCUUUACACUGCUGCUGGUGUCAGAGGCAGCAACAAGAUCGCUGGGUUCGACAUUGAUGGCUGCAUCAUCACCACCAAAUCUGGCAAAGUCUUUCCCACCGCACCAGAUGACUGGAGGAUUUUGUACCCUGAGAUUCAGCCAAGACUGGCCAGCUUGCUCAGAAAAGGAUACAAGGUGGUAUUCUUUACCAACCAGAUGGGGAUCGCUAAAGGCAAACUGAGACCGGAAGUCUUCAAGUCUAAAGUGGAGGAUAUCCUCACCAAGCUGCAGCUACCUGUGCAGGUGUUUGUAGCAACCGGUCCGGGUAUCUACAGGAAACCAGUAAUGGGAAUGUGGAAUCACUUGUGUGAGAAGGCAAAUGAUGGUGUGACUGUUGACCACACACAGAGUUUUUAUGUUGGAGAUGCUGCAGGUAGGCCAGAGAAUUGGGCUCCAGGGAAGAAGAAGAAGGAUUUCUCCUGCAGUGAUCGACUGUUUGCUCUGAACAUUGGGUUGCAGUUCCAUACCCCAGAGGAGUAUUUCCUCGGCUGGAAGAGCGCCCCAUACAGUCUGCCUAAUUUUGACCCUAGGAAGAUUGACAGCACUGCAAAACUUUUCGACCCGCCGUCUGCUUCUCUCACCUCCAGCCAGAUAGAAGUAAUUGUCGCCGUGGGUUUCCCUGCAUCGGGUAAAUCCACAUUCUUCCACACCCACAUCAUUCCAAAAGGUUAUGUGUACGUCAACAGGGAUACACUCGGAUCAUGGCAAAGCUGUGUGUCGGCAUGUGAGCGCGCUCUGAAAGAGGGCCGCAGCGUCGCCGUCGACAACACCAACCCUGACCCAGAGUCUCGCAAACGCUAUGUGGACGUGGCCAAGGCCACAGGAGUGCCCUGUCGCUGUUUUCUCUUCUCAGCCUCUCUGGAGCAAGCCAAACACAACAACAGAUUCCGUGAGAUGACUCCGUCAGACAAAAAACACGCCAAGGUCAAUGACAUGGUUUUCCACAGCUACAAGAAACACUUCGUGGCCCCUGCUCUCUCCGAGGGAUUCUCCGAGAUCCUCCAGAUCCAUUUUGUCCCAAAAUUCAAAGACAGCCAAUCAGAAACUCUGUUCCGGCAGUUUUCUGAGGGCUGAUCGGACAGCUGACCUUUGACUUUCACAU